CAAGCUCAAAAUUGCGUGUGUGUGCGCGUGCACGCACACGCGUACACGUGCAUGCUUGGCUGCCUACAGUUUGGAGAGGGGAAAAAGUGGUUUGGAGAUGAUGGUCAAAUUUUAGCCUUGCCCAAUCCAGUUAAACAAUCCCUUACUAGACCUCCAUCGUUUCUUACAAAGGGAGACCAAGAGACGGACCUUGUGAUCUUUUAUAAAAAGGCUCUAAAAAUGAGACUUGCCAACCAGUACAUUGUUGAAAAUGAUGAUCUACAAAGUUGCUUUCAGUUGGAUAUUGACAUUUCAGGAUUAAUAUUCACACAUCAUCCUUGCUUUAGCCGUGAACAUGUUCUGGCAGCAAAACUGGCUCAGUUAUUCGAUCAAUAUCUUUCCAGGAAACAGAGAAAUGUUACUAAACUCCUUACAGAUAAG